UUCUGUCUGUCCGGAGAGAUAAGUACACAGAUAUAUAUAUAUAUAUUUUAACAUGUACAUAUCUUUCCUAUACUACUGCUGUUUGUAGAAGUGGUUUUUAUGUUUUCGUUCAAUAUUUUUUUGAUUUUUGUUUUUUUUUCUUUAAAUUUAGUGUUUUGAAGGUUCACUGGUAGCCGAGAAAGUUUGAACUGUAAAGAAGAAAGGUUUUUUUUUUUUUUUUUUAAGGGAACAUCAACUACUUAGAUCUGUGAAUAUUAAAAUUAUCUUAGUUUUCUGUUAUUGAAGCAGUUUUUGUAGACAGUCUAAUUUAUACAAAAAUAAGCAAAACUUAGAUAGACAGGCGGUGUCACACAGAACCACAGCCUCAGACAGACAGGUUCUCAUACACACACACAGCCUCAGACAGACACUCGGACAGUCUCACAGACAGACAGACAGAUUCUCACACACACACACACAGCCUCAGACAGACACUCGGACAGUCUCACAGACAGACAGAUUCUCAUACACACACACACACACACACACACACACACACACACACAGCCCCAGACAGACACUCGGACAGUCUCACAGACAGACAGACAGAUUCUCACACACACACACACAGCCUCAGACAGACACUCGGACAGUCUCACAGACAGACAGAUUCUCAUACACACACACACACACACACACACACACACACACACACAGCCUCAGACAGACACUCGGACAGUCUCACAGACAGACAGAUUCUCAUACACACACACACACACACACACACACACAGCCUCAGACAGACACUCGGACAGUCACAGACAGACAGACAGAUUCUCACAGACACACACAGCCUCAGACAGACACUCGGACAGUCUCACAGACAGACAGAUUCCCAUACACACACACACACACACACACACAGCCACAGACAGACACUCGGACAGUCUUAUAGACAGACAGAUUCUCAUACACACACACACACACAGCCUCAGACAGACAUUUAGACAGUCUCACAGACAGACAGUGUCGCACAGACUCACAUUCACAGACAGACAGUUACAGACAGACAGACUCAUUUAUACACACAGACAGACGCAGUCUCACAGACAGACACACAUACAGGCUUGCAGAGACAGACGGAGGGAGGGAUGCGCUGGCUCCUCUCCUCCUCUCUCAGGAGAGCCUCGCCUCUCUCCUCCUCGCCCGGAUUUGUCAGAAUGCUGUGCGCUGACCCCGCGACGACCCCAAGCUUUGACGAUGGCCGCGCGUUUCGUCUGAAGCGGACGAGUGAGAUCGUGAGAGCGCUGACUGUCUUCAGACUGUGCUCCGUCCCUGUGCUCGUCACACACUGCGACAAGCUCCUCUCGUUCUCUCGUUCGCUCCUCGGGCCCCGUCUCUUCUCCCUCCUCAUGAGGGCGACAGCGUAUGGACAGUUCGUUGCCGGGGAGACGGUCCUAGAGAUCCGCGUUGCCAUGGACAAGCUGAGCAUGAUGGGAAUGAGGCCCAUGCUGGCCGUGCCGAUCGAGGAGGACCUUGGAGAGAACAGGGAGGGGGAGCAGCAGUACGAUGAGAAUCUGGCAGCCAUGUUGGAUUGUGUGCGGAUCUCCAAGAGCGGUGCAAAGACUACAUCUCCCAUGAUGCAACUCAAAGUGACAGCCCUGCUGAGCGCUGAGCUGUGUAAGCGAAUCGCAGUCCUGCUCUCGCACCCGGGUCUCUCGGAGCAGUUCUCUCUGACGCGUCUGCUGCACUCCAUGGAGGGACAGGAAGUGAGGUUCUCAGGGCUGAGUGACGGCGAGGCGGGUCACUUUUUGUGUGGGCUGAGGAGGCUUCACCGUGUAGGAGAGUACGCUAAGUGUCAAGAGGUUCGAGUUCUGGUCGAUGCCGAAUACACCUACAUAAACCCCGCCCUCACACUCGUAACCAUGGCGAUGAUGAAGAAGUUUAACCAAUCAGAGCCCUGGAUUUGGAACACUUAUCAGUGCUAUUUAAAGGACUCGUUCUCGCUCCUCUCUGCUGAUCUCUCUGUCGCGGUUCGAGAGCGGUUCUGUUUCGGGGUGAAGCUGGUUCGGGGCGCAUACAUGGACAAGGAGAGGAAGCUGGCCAAUGAGCAGAGCUACCCCGACCCCAUCCACCAAUCAUGGGAGAGCACCAAUCACAGCUAUCACCAGUCCCUGGAUAUGAUGCUGGAUUUGAUAGCGAAGGACAGUAAGCAAUACAGCAUCAUCAUCGCGAGCCACAACGAGGACUCCGUCAAACACGCCAUGAAAAGGAUGCAGGAGUUGGGAAUCCCCAAGGACGGUGCGUGUGUUUGUUUCGGACAGCUCCUGGGAAUGUGUGACCACGUCUCGUUAACCCUCGGUCAGGAGGGCUACGCUAUCUACAAGUCCAUCCCGUAUGGCUCCAUCGACUCCGUGCUCCCCUACCUCGUUCGGAGGGCACAGGAGAACCGCACGGUGUUGCUGGGGAUCAGGAAAGAGAGGGAGCUGCUCCGGAGAGAGCUCUGGAGAAGAGUGCUGAGACGCAGCUCGGGGCCCGCUGGAGGAACACUAUAGACUCGUCUGGAGAGAGACAUGCCGAUACUAUCCCAGCACCGACCACGCAGAUAACGCUCUGAGCAUCGCCCCUCUGCCGCGACAGUCCCGCAUCACCAAUCUGUGUAUUAGAAUGUAACCGUGACUGUGUCUUAUGAAUUGGGCAAUAAAAAAUAAAGCAUUGAAAAUGACAGAAAAA